CUGGAAGUUGCCAACAAAGUGUGGGAAACAAGAAAGCAAGUCGAUCAUUUCGUGUGUAAGUGCCAACGUAUUCAAAACUCUUUUUUAGUCGGAGGCGAAAAAAAUAAUAAAAAAAUUAUUUUGUGACUAUUUCGAACAUAAAUUUCGAGUUUUUGUGACUCAAAGUUGAGAAUUGAAAGUGAAAAAAUAAUUUUAAAAAAAUUUGUGGAAUUUUGAAAGUUGAAAAAAUCUAGAAAAAAGCAGAAAAGAAAGUUGGAAAAAGUGAAUUUUGUGAUAACAAAAAAAUAAUUAAAAUUGUGGAUUUAAAAAAAAAUAAUUUUAAACAAUUCCGUCAAGUGACUCAACAUGAUUCAUUUUAUUUGAGUCAAUCACCCCUUAUUAAGUAUCACGCACGUACCAGUCAGCUCCUGACAACAUCAUCAUUGUGCAAUAUUCAGACUCAACCAACCCUACAACAUCAAAAAAAACAAUUUUAAUUUAAAACCAACAUCCCCCCUUCCAAAAUGAUGGCCUACAACUCCCCAUCCAAUGGCGGCUACUCAGGUGAUGAGCGAGGCGAGUCACCACGCUCUAAUGACUUGGACGACUCACAAUUUGAUGGCGAUAUGAGUGAUAAGCCAGUCUAUUUGUUGGAACAUUUAGCAACAUUUACAGUCAAUAAGGAAUCAGGAAUUUUAUAUCCAGCUGAUGGAAUGAGGAAGUUGUUACAGUUGGAGAAGACGACUGGCAUUUGGUCGCAGAAGAUGCAAUUGUGCUUGGAUAGACAGUGGGUGCUGAUAAUGGAUUAUGAGACUGGGAACAUAAUCGAGAGAUUUCCUGCAACUUUGAUCCAAGAACCAACAGCAUUCACAAGCAACGAUCCAAUUGAGAUGUACAACAACAUCCUCGUCUUCAUUGUCGGUGGAGAAGCUAGUGCUCGAUCAGAAAUGCACAUUUUCCAAUGCCAAAGCAUCUCAGCAAUUCACCUCGUCGAGGACCUCAAGGCAUUAAGAAGUGGCAAACUCAUCACAAAAUACCGCGAUCCACUUCCAUCGUCCAGUAAACCAUUAGCAACGUCAUCAUCGCACAACUCACCGAAAAUAUCAAUGAUUCGCUCAGAACGCCAUGCAGUAGACGACACAGACUCAGAAUUAGGUGUAAAUGAUGAGACAUCAUCGACAUCGUCGGAAAAAUACGAGAGAGACGUGACUGUCCUGAACCACUGCUUCGAUGACAUCGAAAAAUUCAUUGCAAGACUUCAACAUGCAGCGGCUGCAUCACGAGAGCUUGAGAGACGACGUAGAAGCCGACGAAGUAAGAAAAAGGAUCCUGGCGAGGGACUUUUGACACUCAGAACGCGUCCACCACACGAGAAAGAAUUUAUUGACAUUUUUGCAAAAUUCAAGCUAAGUUUUAAUCUUCUGGCAAAGCUCAAGUCACACAUUCACGAUCCAAAUGCUCCAGAACUCGUUCACUUUUUAUUUACGCCACUUGCACUUAUUGUUGAUGCAUCACAUGACACAUGCUAUGAUCCUAAUUUACCAGCACGUGUCGUUGAGCCAUUACCAACACGAGAUGCUAUCAAUUUGCUUCACAAUUGUGUCACGAGCAAGGAAAUGGAACUGUUGAGGUCGUUAGGUGACGCAUGGAUGAUUCCACGUGACAAAUGGAAGGGCCAAUAUGGUGCCAACUACCAUCCAGUCUUCUUUGAUGGCUGGUCUCCAGACUAUCCAGUAAUUGAUGAGCUUGAAGCAAAGAGUCGUCGACUUGAUUACAACGAUUUCGAAGAGUUCGAACAACCAGCUGUCACCAAGACUGGAUUACAAACUGUCGCAUCGACAGGUUCGCCCGUCUUUAAAGACUUUUCUGCACGUAGUGAAAUUUCAAUUGACUCCAUUGAGCGCAAUGGUGGUGCGACUGUCGUUGAUCGAGCACCAAGCGGUAGUGGAAUUGAUCCGCAAACAGAAGCGUGGCUUGAGGAGCUUCAUGCUCGCGAUGCUAAAAUUGUUCAAGUGACAUAUCCGCGAACGGCCAACAAUGAUAAAGAAUUGACAGUUGUUCGUGGGGAAUUCUUAGAAGUUUUAGAUGACACAAGGAAAUGGUGGAAAGCGAGAAAUGUUCGAGGACGAACUGCUCAUGUUCCACAUACAAUUGUGACGACAUACUCGUAUCCUGAUGGUCGGGAUGAUAUGUAUGGAGGACCACAAUCGAGUGGAUACAAGAGGGAGGAAUCAAGUCCCGCAACACCGAACGUAAUGCCAGCUGAGUGGGUUCGCAACAAGCACGUGGGUCGCUAUACUUCGCAUCAAUCAGAUCAAAGUUCAUAUGAUGGUGACAUGUAUACUAAUAACAAUCAUCAGCCGUACCAUCAAAGCACUAAUGUUAAUAGAAAUUCAUCGGUAUUAUACAGCACUGCGGCAUUGCGCCCAAUAUCACGCACUGAUGAGAACAAUAAUACUAAGAAACCACCAGUUCCACCGCCAUUACCGCCAACAACACCAACCACACCAUAUGCAACUUUACGCUCGAUUAAUAGCGAGCGUGACUUUGAGAGGCAACAGAGUACUGCUUCUCGCAAGUCAACCCAAGACCAACAAGUCGACGACAUGCAAGAGGAACUCAAAAAUGUCCUGGCUCUGUUCCGUGAUCGUCGUAAGCACUUGGAAAUCCACAAAACACCAGACGUCUUUAUCACACAAACAUCAAAUCCAGCUGAAAUAGAAAAGUGGCUGAGAGCUAAAGGCUUUGAAGAACGGACUGUUAAGAAGUUGCAUGGGUUGAGUGGAAAUGAACUGUUUGGUCUUAAAAAGCACACUUUGGAGGACUAUUUUGGUAUUGAAGAAGGACGGAGAUUAGCUAGUCAAAUUACGAUUCAGAAGAAUGUUUCUGGGGUAAGUUUUGCGACUUUGAAGUGAUAUUUUGCGUCUAAGUAGCAAAAGUUUGCAUUUUUGAAGAAAAAGUUUGCAUCAUUGAAGCAAAGGUUUGCAUCUUUGAAGCAGAAAAUUGCAUUGUUGAAGAGAAAAUUCGCAUCUUCGAGCGAGAGUUUGCAUCUUUGAAGCAGAAAAUUGCAGUGUUGAAGAGAAAGUUCGCAUCUUCGAGCGAGAGUUUGCAUCUUUGAAGCAGAAGUUCGCAUCUUUGAAGCGAAAGUUCUCUAAAGCAGAAAUUUGCACCUUUGGAGCGAAAGUUGGCAUUUUCGAAGCAAAAGUUCGCAUCGUUGAACCUUAAAUUCAUGUCUUUGAAUACAAGACAGCAAGAUCAUCAGAAUUAAUGGCAAUUUUGGCAAAGGCACGUCAAAAAACCGAACAACCAAACGAUAGACAAAGCAUUGGAAAUGAAGUAUUCUAAAUUAUAGCUAUAAAAUUAUGCAGUGUCUAAAGCUUUAUGAACGUUAAUGAGAAUUUAUUUUUAUAUAUUGAAAGAUUUUAUGUUGCUUGUUAUCAAAUUUUAUAUUUCUCAGUUGAUUAUUUUUUUUGGGGAUUAGUUAACAAUUAAUAGAAAUUUUACACUUAGAUUCAAACAAAAAAGUAUUAAAAAUGAAAUUAUAAUAAAAAAUUAUUAAAUUUUGGAGAGUUAAAUGCAAAAAGUGCUGAUAAAAUGAAACCGAGGGCCUUAAAAAUUAAAAAA